GCCAGAUUUUCCGUUUUCCAACAACAGUCACAAUUUGAACAGCGCAGUUGCUGUCCCGUUUUCGGACGAUCCACACUUUCUUGCCGAAGUGCCCACUUCAGAAAAAAAGACAUCACUAGCAAUUUAAAACAUGACGAAAGAUGAUAAGUUGCCCCACAAGCAACCCGCGUACACUGUGAGAACUUUUUCUUUCAACCCAGCCUCAUCUUCGCUUCGAAAUGCCAAUCAGCAAGGCGCCACUCGCGGUACCUUGACUGAAUUCACCCGGCGCAAAAACUGGUCGCAGAGAAUCAUCGACAAGCUUGAAGACUUCAUUCAUGUCCUCUCUCCACAAGCAAAGAUCAUGUACUGCUCGCCUGCCACUACUGAGCUCUUUGGAUAUGCCCCCGAAGAACUGGUUGACCGCCAAAUGUCUGACUUUAUUCACUUGGAUGAUAAAGAUUUAUUUCAGCGAGAAUUUCGUGAAAGUUGUCUUCAACGUCGAAAGUUUCACCUUUACUAUCGUUUCCAAAAGAAAGACUCCACCUAUAUCAGCCUGGAGAUGGUUGGUCAUGCUUACUUUGGGGAAGGUGAUAGAAAACAGACCUCAGUGCCACUCUGUUUCUUCGCCACAGGCAAAGUUUAUCCCAACAAGGCUGCCAACCUUAUUGAUACCUUCUUGGAAUUGAAAAUGGAAAAAGAAAUGCUAGAACGACAAAUCAAUGAAGCUAAGGCUAAAAAGCAAAGGGAUGUUUCCAAAUCUCCAAGUCAACCUUCAAGAAAGAACAGCGAGCAAUCUUCGGAUAGCAUCCCCGCUGACUUCUCUCAGGAUAGCCAAGUCCAAGAAAGCAGUUCCAGCGAGCAGGCACAAGGCUUUGUUGAUGACACAGCGGAUAUUGACAUGCUUCCUUACCAACCUAUCUUGAACAACGCACCUUUCGUUUAUACUUUGGGUGUCACGCCUAGCAACGACAUUUCUGAAGCUCUGCAAAUGUUCACUGGUCUCCGUUAUGACAUGGGAGAGCGUUCAAACGGUAUCUCAACGGGUUCUACAGCAGCUCAACUGCUCGACCCCACACUCGAUUUGUCGGCUUUGACAGGCUCCCUUCUUGACACCACCCCCAUUCAAAUCCUUAAUCCGUCCACUUUUGCCAAUCAAGAUCAAGUAGAUGCUGCAACCCUUGACCGAAACAACAAAAGGAAAAAACGAGUUAAGGAUACUUCUGUUGUACAUGUGUGCACAGACUGUGGCACUACUGAAUCUCCUGAAUGGCGUAAAGGCCCUAAAGGUCCCAAAACUCUGUGUAACGCAUGCGGUUUACGCGCCAAAAAAAAUCAGAAGGCUUCCACAACGGCCUGAUAUAAUAACAUUGAGCAUUCUUUUCGAGAUACCCUUGACUUUCGAGUUUCCAGAGCCAAGUGUGAUGGUCAUCGUUGAUCGUCAUUCCAAACGAAGUCUCUUUUAGUAAUUUGUAUUCUUUUUUUUUGCAUCUAAUGCUCUCUUUUGUCAUUUGAAAAUGACUGUAUUCCCCGCAAACUGCAAGCUUCAAGGAAGUUGGUCCACGGCAAUGAAAAAAGUUUAGUCUACAGCUUUUCUU